CGCGCGCCCAAGGGCACCAGCGAGUGACCGAGAGGCUGGGGAAAAGGGCGGGAGGAAGGGGGCCGCGGCGGAGGGGAAAAGGGGAAGAGGCCCGGGAGCGGCGCGGGAAGGGGCGAGGAGCUGACGGCGAGGAGAGAGGGCGUUCGUGGGCGCCCGCGGCGGGGCAGGGGUGGCUGCCGCGGGGUCGGAGCGGGUGCCAGCGCCGCGACCCCUCCGGACCCCGGAAUUGCCGCUCGCCCGGCUCGCGCUGGCCCCUUCUCCGGGCGCGUGGGGCGCCCCCUCCCUCGGCGCCGGCCGCCCCCUCCUCCUCCCCGGCGCUGCCCCUCCUCCGUCCCGCCCCCCGCGCCCGGUCGAGAGCGCCGCAGUGGCUUUGCCUGCACUGCCCGGCCGGCUCGCCUGGGCACGCUCAGAGCGGCGCGCGUCGCCGGCCCCGGUUCUCCGGCCGCCUCCGCAGCCAGCCUCGGGAGCCCCGGCCGCCGCCCCCCGGCCCCGCUCCUCUCGCGGACCGCCGCGCCCCGCGCUACAGGAAUUCGGGCAGGACCCCGACGGGACCCGCGCGCCGCGCUGCAGCCGGAGCCCCGCGGCUAUGCCCGGGGCCCCUCUCCUGGCCAGUCGCCCGUCCUGCGCCCGGGCCCGGCCCCCGACGGCCGCGCGUUGAGAUGACUUUCCGCGACCUCCUGAGCGUCAGUUUCGAGGGACCCCGCCCUGACAGCAGCGCGGGGGGCUCUAGCGCGGGCGGCGGUGGGGGCGGCGCGGGCGGCGCGGCCGCCUCGGAGGGCCCGGCAGUGGGCGGCGUGCCGGGAGCCGCGGGCGGCGGCGGCGGCGGCGUGGUGGGCGCGGGCGGCGGCGAGGACAACCGGAGCUCCGCCGGGGAGCCGGGGGCCGCGGGCGCGGGCGGCGAGGUGAACGGCACGGCGGCCGUCGGGGGGCUGGUGGUGAGCGCGCAGGGCGUGGGCGUGGGCGUCUUCCUGGCCGCCUUCAUCCUCACCGCGGUGGCGGGCAACCUGCUGGUGAUCCUCUCCGUGGCCUGCAACCGCCACUUGCAGACGGUCACCAACUAUUUUAUUGUGAACCUGGCCGUGGCCGACCUGCUGCUGAGCGCCACGGUGCUGCCCUUUUCGGCCACCAUGGAGGUUCUGGGCUUCUGGGCCUUCGGCCGGGCCUUCUGCGACGUGUGGGCCGCUGUGGACGUGCUGUGCUGCACGGCCUCCAUCCUCAGCCUCUGCACCAUCUCGGUGGACCGCUACGUGGGCGUGCGCCACUCGCUCAAAUACCCCGCGAUCAUGACCGAGCGCAAGGCGGCCGCCAUCCUGGCACUGCUCUGGGCCGUAGCCUUCGUGGUGUCCGUGGGGCCGCUGCUGGGCUGGAAGGAGCCCGUGCCCCCUGACGAGCGCUUCUGCGGCAUCACGGAGGAGGCAGGCUACGCCGUCUUCUCCUCGGUGUGCUCCUUCUACCUGCCCAUGGCCGUCAUCGUGGUCAUGUACUGCCGCGUGUACGUGGUAGCGCGAAGCACCACGCGCAGCCUCGAGGCGGGCGUCAAGCGGGAGCGCGGCAAGGCCUCGGAGGUGGUGCUGCGCAUCCACUGUCGCGGAGCCAGCACGGGCGCCACCGACGGGGCGCCCGGGAUGCGCAGCGCCAAGGGCCACACCUUCCGCAGCUCCCUGUCCGUGCGCCUGCUCAAGUUCUCCCGCGAGAAGAAGGCGGCCAAGACGCUGGCCAUCGUCGUGGGCGUCUUCGUGCUCUGCUGGUUCCCCUUCUUCUUCGUCCUGCCGCUUGGGUCCCUGUUCCCGCAGCUGAAGCCGUCGGAGGGCGUCUUCAAGGUCAUCUUCUGGCUCGGCUACUUCAACAGCUGCGUGAACCCGCUCAUCUACCCGUGCUCCAGCCGCGAGUUCAAGCGCGCCUUCCUCCGCCUGCUGCGCUGUCAGUGCCGGCGGCGCCGGCGCCGCCGUCCCCUCUGGCGCGUCUACGGCCACCACUGGCGGGGCUCGACCGGCGGCCCGCGCCCCGACUUCGCUCCCGGCCACGACGCCGCGCCUCCGGGGGCCCCGCUGGCCCUCACCGCGCCCUCGGCCCCCGGUUCCCCCGGCACGCCCGAGGCGCAGGCCCCCGCGGCCGGUCGUCGAAAGCCGCCCUGCGCCUUCCGCGAGUGGAGGCUGCUCGGGCCGUUCCGGAGACCCACCACCCAGCUGCGCGCCAAGGUCUCCAGCCUGUCGCACAAGAUCCGCGCCGGGAGCGCGCAGCGCGCGGAGGCCGCCGGCACCCUGCGGGCGGAGGUGGAGGCCGUGUCCCUGGGAGUCCCCCACGACGUGGCCGAGGGCGCCACCUGCCAGGCCUACGAAUUGGCCGACGACAGCAACCUCCGGGAGACUGAUAUUUAGGGACCCCGAGCGAGGCCGGGGAGCGUGCUGGGGGAGGAGGAAAGGGGCUGCCGGUGGGGGAAGGGGGCAGGGCGGUGAGGGAGGCCGGCUUUGUUCAGGAGGCCGGGCCGGAUCAGGGACCCGGACACGGAUCAGGGACCCGGACACGGAUCAGGGACCCGGACACGGAUCAGGGCGGCUGCUCUGUGGCCUCCCUGAGGAACUGAGGCGGGGGUAGGGCCCUGGAAAGGGGAAAAGUUGUGGCCCCCUCCUGGACACAGGUGCCUGGAGCUCCUCCUUUCGGAGGAAGGGGCUGCGGGUUCCGGGGGGGCCAUUUGCUCCCAAUCUCUGUUUGAGAAAUACUGCCCCAUCCAUGCCCUGAACCCUGGACAGACAGCCUCAAGUGUGGCGAGGCAGGCCCGCCCCUCCUCUUGGGGAGGAAGGGUCGCAGAGGCCCUGCCUGGCUGUCCCCAGUGCCUCCCCGAGGGAAAAAGUCAGUGGGACCAGGGCUUUUCCAUGGACACAGUUUCUCCUUACUGCCCACUGGAGGAACCCAGCGGACCUGCCACCACCACCAAUAAGCUUUGGUGGCAGAUUGGAUGAGCAUCCUACAAGCCUGUUGUAUUUACCCAUGGACUCGCUCCCCCUACAGAGGCUCCUCCAUGCAUACCACAUCACCUGGCCCUGCCCCUCAUUAUGUCCCAAGGGCCUUACUGUUUACACUCUGUACAUAGUGCCUGUGCCCAUCACUUCUUGCCGGGAUCUGGAGCCAUCAAAUGGGGAGAGCUUUAUUUGUCAUUUUGAGACAUAUUUAUUGGUAAGAGUACUUCUAUUUUGUCCAAACUGUGCAAACAGUCCCUCUUCAGCUUGUAACCCAUAAAGAACUACCUUUUUUUUAA